UCUCUUUGCCUUACCAACACCCUUUGGUAUAGUCUCUCUCUCUUUUCUCUUACCUGACUUUGGGUUUCUCUUAAUGUUUCUGUCUUUUCCUCUCUUUCUCAUUUCUUAUUUUUAUCAAUUCUUCGUUCUAAAUGUUGACCCUUAUCCCUUUUUUUGGUUAUUUUCUUUAAUAAUCUAAACAUUUUUUUUAUAAUUUAUUCUCAUUCUCCAUAAAUUAUCACCCAGAAAAACAAAACUAUAAGUAACCAUGUCUAAUAAUAUAGUUUGUGACGGUGGUGGCACUGAAGUGGAGACAAUAAAUGAACUACAAAAUUAUUUACAGUCUUUCAACAAGGAGAUUGGUGAGACGACGGUUAGCGCCACUGAUGCUAAUAAUCAAACUACACAACCAACUUAUUAUACUAUUGAAGCUUCACAGGUAUUGACUCAAAAUGGCAGUGGAGCAACAGGAACGAGCGUUGUUGCUGCAGCACCCGGUACUUCGGCUGACGGUACCGGUUCAUUUCCUACUUUGGCUCUUGUCCCUGAUUCAGUUGGAGGCUAUGUACUCAUUGUUCAACAACCAGCGGGACAAGAGCAGGUCUCAGCAGGUUCAUUGGUUGCUAGUGCAGGGGGAACCUUAGCUUUGGCACGAACUAGUGACAGUGAAGUCAAAGCUGACCAGAUAGUUGAAGAGAGUGUACCUCAGCAAGUUAAACAAGAAAGACUGGAAAUAGAAAAACCCAAUGACAUUUCUGUUUAUGAUUUCGAUGAAGUUAAUCCACCACCUAGUUCGGGUGCUAUUGAAGAAGAAGAACCAGAAGAACUUAUGGAUAAUGAGACUGAUGACAUGUUACCAUUGGAAUCUGGUGAAAUGAAACCCAUUCUUGCUACUCCAAAACCUAAAAGAACCAAGAAAAGUCCUGCAACCACAGGAAAGAAGCACAAAAUAUCAACACCUCAAACUCCUUUAAAUCCAAACUCUCAUAUGUGUAACUACUGUAAUUAUGCCAGUAACAAACGAUACCUAUUGUCACGGCAUAUGAAAUCUCAUAGUGAAGAAAGGCCUCACAAAUGUGGUAUAUGUGAACGAGGCUUCAAAACAAUAGCAUCUCUCCAAAAUCAUGUUAAUACACACACUGGUGUACGACCUCAUGGCUGUAAAUACUGCGAUGCUGCAUUCACUACAUCUGGAGAACUCGUUCGACAUGUACGAUAUCGACACACUCAUGAGAAGCCUCAUAGAUGUCCUGAAUGCGAUUAUGCCAGUGUUGAAUUAUCUAAAUUGAAAAGACAUAUGAGAUGUCACACAGGAGAAAGGCCUUACCAAUGCCCUCACUGUACCUAUGCCAGUCCUGAUACAUAUAAAUUAAAGAGGCAUUUAAGGAUUCAUACAGGGGAGAAACCAUAUGAAUGUGACGUUUGUCAUGCCAGAUUCACCCAAAGUAAUUCGUUGAAAGCUCACAAACUUAUUCACAGUGGGAAUAAACCGGUCUUCAAGUGUGACCAAUGUCCAACUACUUGCGGUCGUAAAACUGAUUUAAGAAUCCAUGUUCAAAAGUUACAUACCAGUGACAAGCCUUUGACAUGCAAAAGAUGCGAUCAAUCUUUUGCUGACAGAUAUUCGUUUAAAAUUCAUCUAAAAAGUCAUGAAGGAGAAAAAUGCUUCAAGUGCGACUUGUGUAAUUAUGCCAGUGUAUCCGCUCGACACUUGGAAUCCCAUAUGUUGAUUCAUACUGAUCAGAAACCUUUUGAAUGUGACGAAUGUGACCAAUCUUUUAGACAAAAACAGCUUCUUAAGAGACAUAAAAACUUGUAUCAUAAUCCAGAGUAUAUUCCACCUCAACCAAAAGAGAAGACGCAUGAAUGUCCUCACUGUACUAAAGCUUUUAGACAUAAAGGUAAUUUAAUGAGGCAUCUUGUUGUUCAUGAUCCUGAUGCUUACAAAGAUGCCAAUUUCGAUUCAAGUAGUCGAAUGAAUGACAGCCAUCAAUUGAUUGACGAAGAAAGUGAUGAAAAUUCACAAAUGAUUUUGCCAAACACCGAUGAGGAAUCAUUGGAUCCACAAACUUUGCAGUUCACUUUAGACCCACAAACUCAGCAAAUGAUUUCCGGCGACCAAGUUGUAGUCUUUGAAGUUGUUCAAAUAAACAAUGAAGAAGAAUCUAACUCGCAAAGCUCAUACGCAACCUUAGACCAAAGUGGUAACUCAUCAGCUAUCAUUCUGGAUCCAUCUUCCGGAGCUGGUGGUAAAACUAGACGAGCUAUUCUUACAUCUGGAGGAAAACUCCGUGCAUCAACUGUUAGAAAUGCCUCCGUUCUCACAUCAGCAAACGGUAAUUCCUCUAAAGAAAAUAUUAUUAUCCAAUUACAAGCCGAAGACGAAGAAGCUGCUAAUGCAAUCCAACCUGACAACAUUAUCGAUGAUCCUGACUACGCUCUACCCGGCAACAAAGCUGCUAAAUUAACUUCUAAUCUUCCUGUUGCCACAACGCCUGUUGUACCUCCACCGUUGGUUAUUCCAGAAGACACGAAGCAGAUACGUGAUCAAAUUCAGAAGCAAAAAGAUUUAGCUGAAUGUUUUGGUUUUAAAGAUGAUGAUGAAGAAGAUGAGGCAAUAUUAUCAAUGCCUGCAGCUCAUGCACAAUGAGAAGACUAAUAUCUACUAUUUUUCCUUUAAAUUUAUUUGGCACUUUAAUCGUCAUAAUUUAAAAACAGCGAAACAAGAAAGAGCGAUUUGAAUCGUGAUUAAAUUUAACUUGACUAGUUUUAAACAAUUACAAAAUCUAAUCCUUUCACAUAAACACACACAACAAACACACAUACACCACACAGGAUUAAUUGAUUGGUUUUUUUUUGUCACCAGUAAUUUAAAGAUACUGGAAUCAAUGAAACAAACAAAACAUUGCUCUCUUUCAUGUGAGAGCUCACAGUUCAAGGAUAAAAAGUUAAUCCAGGAACAAGCUAAUACCACAGUUAUACAUAUACAUAUAACAUAAUAUACUUGUAUGAUUACACGUAUAUAAUGUCAUCAUCAUUUAUAAUCGUAAUCAUACAUCCAUCAAAUAUCAAACAACCAAAUAGCUCGACACUAAAGUUCAUCAUUUCAUGGAAAAACACCAAGAGAAGGAACCAUUUAUGAACUAAUAAUGGAAUAUGUUGAAACAAACUUGUUUACAUUCUUGUCUACAUUUUCAAUCCUUUAAAACUUUUCGCUCUCUCUCUCUCUCUCUCUCUCUCUCUCUUCCACUCGAAUCAAUUCUGGAAAACCCACCUCAACAAAAUAUUUAGUUGUUGUUUUGUCAAGGGCCAGUGAGACCUUAUCUAUUUUAGAAAAUAAAUUUGAUUGAUGUAA